UUAACUGUUAUGUUUUGGUUUGGUAUCGCGAGUCGGAGGAAGAAUUAGGGAAAAUGUUCGACUUGAGUUAGUGAGGAUUGUGAUAAGAUUCGAUGGAUCAAAGCAUGAUAGUGACGUCGUUGCCGCGAGGAGGAUCUCUCUCGGAGAUCAACCGGAGACAACAUACGACAUCGACGGCGACAACGAUGAUGAAAAACGAAUCGGAAAGUAGCAAUAUUCAUGUGCACGGGCAAGAAACGCAGUCGCAGUCGCAGUCGCAGUCGCAGUCACAGUCACAAUCACAAUCACAAUCACAGUCCGUCGGACAGGCAAGUUCGACGUUAAUGGGUGCUCGUACGAAUUUGGGAUUGCACGGGAAUCUUUCGCAAAAUCAAAACAUGGAACAAAUAAUGUGCAAUCCGUCGAACACGGAAGUGACCCGUAAGCCUGGUGCGCGUCGUCAAGAGAAGCCGCCUUAUUCGUACAUUGCUUUGAUCGUCAUGGCGAUACAAUCGAGCCCAGGGAAGAGACUGACACUCUCAGAAAUUUAUUCCUUUCUUCAACAACGCUUCCCCUUCUUUCGCGGCGCGUACCAAGGCUGGAAAAACUCGGUUCGACAUAAUCUUAGCUUGAACGAGUGUUUCAUUAAAUUACCAAAAGGUCUUGGUAGGCCUGGAAAAGGUCAUUAUUGGACCAUCGAUCCUUCGACCGAGUAUAUGUUCGAGGAGGGUAGCUUUCGUCGUCGGCCACGGGGAUUUCGUCGUAAAGGACAAGCCUUGAAGGCUCAAUAUCCUCAAUAUUUUUCCACGGGUGGACCGGUAGGCGUUCAAGCUGGCUACGACAAUUUAGCAGCGUCCGGCGGCAUGGAUUACGCUAAUGGUUAUCAAAAUCAGUAUCAGAAUUAUCAGGAAUACGCGAUGUAUGGGCCAGCGGCAGCUGUUUCCGCGGAUUGGAGCUAUCCCGAGUCGAGUUACAAAACUCCCCCCAUAGCCGAAGUCACCUAUAAAACAACCGAGGUCACUUAUAAGACUGGGGAACCUUCGUCCGUUUAUCGUAACGGCGAAUUGGUUACGUUUAAGAGCGAGCCCGGUUACGGUACCAGUAGAAAUCAGGAUCAGUUAAGCACCGUGGCUGCUGCCGCCGCCGCCGCCGCCGCCGCCGCCGCCGCUUACAGACCGAUUGACGGAUUUCAACUUAAGGACCACCAUCCUCAGCAUCAGGAAACAAUAUACAAGGAUAACGAAAGUAUGAUGAUCUACAAGUGCGCGGGUAAUCCCACCGUGAACGCUCAACCUACUACCGGACAAGACUAUUACGUGGGUUAUGGUGGUAUCGGUGUCAACAAUCCUGGCGUUCCAGCCACGGCUAACGUCAACGUCAAUCUCCCCAUGCAGACGGUUCACGAACAAAACGGAAACGGCAGUCCUGCUGGAAACGUAACUUCGCCGCACAGUCAAACACCUGUCGGCACCGAUCAUGGGUUGAAAAUUCAAUGCUCGAAUUCAAGUUCAAAUAGUUCUGGAGGUAGCAUAAUCGAUAGAAAGCCCUCGUACUUUGGUCAUCCAAUCAAUGGAUCAACCGUGAGCUUGAGUUCUUUGAGUUCUCUGAACUUGAAUAACAUCGGUAGUUUGAGCAUAUCAAACGUGCCGAACGUAGCCGUCUCCUCGUGUCUUCAUCACGCAAACACCCCACCACCACCACCACCGCCAACAUCGACACCAACGACGACGACACCACCAACAACGGCGACUCCGGUCAUGUAUUACGACCAAGUCAAGUACAAUAUAUGA